AUGGCCAACGUUGCAUCUCCUCAGAGUAUUGUCAUUGUCGGGGCGGGAAUUAUCGGGCUAAAUGUCGCCCUGGUCCUAGCUGAAAGAGGCUAUGGGUCUAUGAUUACAGUGGUUGCUGCACACCUACCCGGUGACACAGCCCUCACCUACACAUCGCCAUAUGCAGGUUGCAACUUCUCAGCAAUCUCAGGAUCUGACCCAAACGCCCUGCGCUGGGAUCAACUUGGCUACGCUCAUCUAUGCAAACUUGCCUUUCAAGAACCGCAUCGCUCCUUCGUCCAGCGCACCCCGUCCAUUGAGAUGUGGGACGAGAAUGUUCCAAACGAAAAGAUCAAGCACAUGUCGGAAUAUUUGGAAGAUUUUCGGAUCCUCGGGGCGGAAGAGCUCCCUCAAGGUGUCAAGUUCGCCGUUUCAUUCACAACCGUGACUAUCAACGCUCCCAAGCACAUUGAAUACUUGCGCAGCCGGCUGGAAAAUGAUUACGGCGUUCGGUUCCUCCGCAAGACUGUCCCCCAUUUGCAUGAUGCAUUUUCCAACUCUGCAACCCAAAUUGUCUUCAAUUGCAUCGGAAAUGCGGCGAGAAGCAUGCCGGGGGUCGAGGACAGCAAAUGCUACCCCACGAGAGGGCAGGUCGUCUUGAUGAAGGCGCCGAGUGUGCGGACUAAUAUUAUGCGUCAUGGUCGCGACUACGAGACAUACGUCAUACCGCGGCCGCAGUCAAACGGCAACGUCGUCCUGGGAGGAUAUAUGCAGAGAGCAAACGAUGAUGGCGCUACGUAUGCGCACGAGACAGAAUCCAUCGUGCAACGUACAACCGAGCUCAGCCAAGAACUGCGCCAAGGCGAGCAGGAGCUCCUUGCAGCCAUGAGCGGCUUUCGGCCGUCUCGGGAAGGAGGAGCUCGCGUUGAGCGCGAAAGCGUAGUGGUGGGCGGAAAACCGAAAACGGUUAUUCACAACUACGGAGCAGGGGGGACAGGAUACCAGGGCGGCUAUGGCAUGGCCGUGGACGCUGUCCAGGCCGCUGAGAGUAUUCUGCAGGGUUUGAAAUUGCAUUCCAGGUUGUGA